ACUAUUUUCCAAAUUAACACAUAAACUUGGAAGAGAAAAUUUAAGAAGAAAGGCAAUGAAUAAGAACAAUUCUGGAUUCUGAUUGUGUUCUCCCUAUUAAAAACAUAACAGAACAAACCCAGCGAAAUAAAAGCCUUAAAAAAUAAGAACAGCCAGUCUUUAUCGCGUGCAACUAAAUUAACCAGGACGUUCGUAAUGAAAAAACACACCAAUAAUUUCCGAUGUAGAAAUUAUACAAGAUGUGAGCGUGCAAGAAAAUCUGCAGUAUCAUGUGAGAAAAGAGAUACUUCAAGUCAAAUAAUAAUAAUGUUUGUAGGUGACAGGAUGUUUCUUUAUCCCACGCAUUAUUUCAAUGUAUCGUUAAAAACGAUCUUAGGGGUGGGUUGAAAAGGGGUCUUGUGUGCGCCAGCGUGAUGUCUGAUAAGCACUUGUACUGGCACCAAUUAGUAACGGAAUUGAAAAUAUGGACGGAAAUUGAAAUUGCACUGUCAUUACACGUAAUUUGAAAAAUGUUUCCUUUUCAUGCACGAACUGCGUGUUAAUUACUUGACGUUUAAAAGGUUAUAAAGUUGAGACUAAGUUAUCAAUACAAGUAAGAGAUCAGAGCGUUAGUUUGCAUAGACAGAAUCACAUAAAAAAUUACAAAAUGGAUUGUAAUCCGCGAAUGUCGUUGCUACGACCACCGGCGGUCUAUUUAUUUGGUGGCGCAUUCGUUAUCGUAUCCAUCAUGGCGGCAUCACUAAACAUUUUGAUUUUAGCAAUUCUAAGUAAAAGGUGUAAAAAAGUACGAUCAAACAAACUUCUGACUUCUCUGGCAAUAUCAGAUGCACUAACUGGUUUACUUGUAGGCCCUAUAUCCGCCUGGCAAAUGUUUCAGCACAAAGCCCUGAUUAAUUGCAAAGUUGAUUUGAUCAGAAGGUACUUAUUCGUUCUUUUAAUUGGUUCGUCUUGUUUCGCGCUGGCGGGAAUCGCUUAUGAUAGAUAUAUAUGCUUGACUAAGCUCAACAACUAUGAUAAGUAUAUGACAAGGAGAAAAAUAACUAUAAUCAUAGCAUUCGGUUGGAUAUGUCCUGGAUUGAUUCCUAUAUUGAAACUAGCUGGAAAGUUUCCUUAUCUGUGUAUUGGUAAUGCUGUUCUGGUGUUUUCUUCGUUCUGUUUGGUCAUCUGUUACAUCUUCAUCACAAAAGCGGUCAGGAAGCAAAAGAGAAUCAUGAAGAAACAUGCUUUAGAAAUCAGCUUUACUUCUCCACAGAGAAGGUUAGAAACUUCAGUCAAGGAGAGUUGUUGUCAAAGAUUGGAAAAAACAGUGACAAUCUUGAUUAUUUGUCAUUUGUGCUGUACUGUACCAAUUACAUCGUGGAGUAUUCUUGAUCUAGUCAACUCAACUGUCGUCAAUUUUAUAAACACAGAAACUGUUCAAUAUAUUUACACAGUUGUUAUUUUUAUAUCCCAGACGAACUCGUGUUGCAACCCGAUUAUAUAUUUCUUGAAAAACCCAGCAGUUCGGAAAGAACUACGCGAUUUAUUUAGAAAAUAAAAAAAAAACACAGAAUGGAAUAUAGUAAAACGUAAUUUUAUCCAUAUUUAUACUUUAUCAAAUAUAUCUAAUAUAAAGAAAUAUGAAUUGUAUAUAUU